GGAAAAGAAGAAAGCAGCUGAUGGUUACAUCUCAGAGGCUCUAUGCUCCGGCUUCGGACGGGUGAGGAGGAAGCAAGAAGCUGUGACAUCUCCCGGCUCCGGCACGUCGUUUUACAAAACGAUGAGCGACUCGUCGACGAGAUGCUCUGCCAGGAGAUCUACAAGAAAGUCAUCAACUGCCGAGGAGGGUGGGGCAUCGCCGGCACCCCCCUGCAUGCUGCCGUGUCCAAAGGCCACCUGGGCGUCCUGCAGGUUCUGCUAGCUCACGGAGCUCUGGUGGAGUGCGUGGACGUUAAGGCGCAGACGCCUCUGUUUGCAGCGGUCAGAGGGAAAUACCUGGACUGUGUUUUAGCUCUCCUCAGAGCCGGCGCCAACCCCAACGGCAGCCCGUCCAACAACGGCUCUCCGGUCCUCACUGCAGCGCGAGAAGGCGACGUGGAGAUCCUGAAGCAGCUGCUCAUGCACGGCGCCGAGGUGAACUCUCGCUCUAAGGUCUUACUGUGGACCUCCAGCGCCAGGGUGAGCAGCGGGCCCCUGUACCUGGCUGCUGUUUACGGACACAUGGACUGCUUCAGACUGCUGCUGCUCUUCGGCGCCGACCCGGAUUAUAACUGUGGCGACGCGAAGGUGCUGAGCUCCGUGAAACAGCCCAAAACUGUGCUGGAGAUGUGCCUGAGGCACGGCUGCAGCGUGGAGUACGUCCAGCUGCUCAUCGACUUCGGAGCCAACGUCUACCUCCCCACGCUGAUCAUAGAGAAGUCCACCAAGCAGAACGAAGCCGUGGAGCUGCUCCUGAGAGAGAGAGGAAAUCCCAAAUCGUUGACUUCUCAGUGCCGACUCGCCGCGCGACGAUACCUGAAGAAGAUCAACAAGAUCCACCAGAUCGAGCAGCUGGACCUGCCAACAAGUCUUAAAAACUUCCUGCAAUAUAAAGAUGCCCCCGUCACUGCUCUGUAGACGAGGGGGGG